AUGAGGGGAAUCGUACUUGCACUAGUGCUCAGCCUUGUAGGUAGCCAGAAAUUUGAUAUUGACCCUGGAUUCAGUAGCAGGAAGAGCUACUUGUACAGCUAUGAAGGCUGGGUGUUGAAUGGGCUUCAGGAAAAGAAUUUAGCCAAAGCUGGUGUGCGUCUGAGCAGCAAAGUAGAGAUCAGUGGGCUGUCAGAGAGCACUUACCUCCUCAAGAUCCGCUCUCCACAAUUCGAGGAAUACAAUGGCAUCUGGCCCAGGGACCCAUUCACUCGAUCUUCCAAAAUCACCCAGAUGGUUUCUUCGUGCCUUACCCGUCCCUUCAAAUUUGAAUACAGUAGUGGACGGAUUGGAAACAUUUAUGGCCCAGAAGACUGCCCUGAUAUGUGUCUUAACAUAGUGAGAGGAAUACUGAACAUGCUCCAGAUAACCAUCAAAAAGUCACAGAAUGUGUAUGAAUUGCAAGAGGCUGGAAUUGGAGGUGUUUGCCAUACAAGGUAUGUCAUCCAGGAAGACAGGAAGAACGGCCGAGUCUCUGUUACCAAAACUGUAGACCAGAAUAAUUGCCAGGAGAAAGUGGUGAAGAGUGUUGGAAUGGCUUACAUCUAUCCUUGUCCUGUUGACAUCAUGAAAGAAAGGCUUGUAAAAGGGACUGCAGCUUUCUCCUACAAACUGAAGCAGUCUGACAGUGGUGCCCUGAUCACAGAGGUGGUGUCGCAGCAGGUGUAUCAGAUUUCACCACUCAGUGAACCUACCGGUGUCGCUGUCACAGAAGCAAGACAACAACUCACCUUGCUUGAAGUGAGAAGUGAACGGAGCAGCUCUCCAGACCUUUCCUUGCAGAGCUAUGGAGGCCUUCGCUACCAGUUCCCAGCAGCAUUGCCACAGAUGCCACUGCAGCUGAUCAAAACGAAAAACCCUGAGCAGCGGAUAGUUGAAACACUGCAGCACAUAGUUCUGAAUAACCAACAAGAUUUCCAUGAUGAUGUUCCAUACCGAUUCCUGGAGCUUGUCCAGCUCUGCCGGAUAACAAGUGCUGACACACUGGAGUCCCUCUGGAGACAACUUUCAGACAAACCCCGCUACAGGCGGUGGCUGCUGAGUGCAGUGUCUGCGUCAGGCACAGCAGAAGCUCUCAAAUUCAUUAAGAGCAGAAUUCGCAACGAUGACCUUAACUACCUUCAGGCUCUUCUAAGUGUUUCCUUUGUUCUCCAUUUAACAAAAGCUGAUGAACACACUGUUCCAAUAGCUGCAGAUUUAGUGACCAGUUCUCGAAUCCAGAGAAGUCCCAUGCUUCAACAAGUUGCCAGCUUGGGAUACAGUUCUCUGGUCAAUAGAUACUGUUCUCGGUCCUCAGCUUGUCCUAAAGAAGCUCUUCAGCCCAUCCAUGACCUGGCAGAUGAAGCGAUCAGCAGGGGCCGUGAGGACAAAAUGAAAUUAGCUCUGAAGUGCAUUGGCAACAUGGGAGAAGCAGCCAGCAUCAAGCGCAUCCUGAAGUUCCUUCCCAUAUUUUCAUCCAGUGCUUCUGAUAUCCCUAUCCACAUUCAAAUUGAUGCCAUAAUGGCCUUGAGAAAAAUAGCUUGGAAGGACUCCAAAACAGUGCAGGGCUAUCUCAUCCAGAUCCUUGCAGAGCAGUCUCUUCCCCCCGAAGUGCGCAUGAUGGCGUGUGCCGUUAUCUUUGAGACAAGGCCUGCCCUUCCUUUAAUAACCACGAUAGCAAAUGUGGCAAUGAAGGAGAGCAAUUUGCAAGUGGCCAGUUUUGUGUAUUCCCACAUGAAGGCUCUGUCGAAGAGCAAGUUGCCAUACACAUACAACAUAUCUUCAGCUUGCAAUAUUGCCCUUAAGCUGCUGGCCCCCAAACUGGACAGGCUGAGCUAUCGGUAUAGCAAGGUCAUCCGUAUUGGUGGUUACUUUGAUAACUAUAAAGUUGGUGCUGCUGGAGAUGUCUUUGUUAUGAACAGCCCAGAAACAAUGUUCCCAUCGGCAAUAAUUUCCAAGCUGAUGGCAUAUUCUGCAGGGGCAGUGGCUGAUUUGGUGGAGGCUGGUGUCCGUGUGGAAGGCCUCACAGACGUCAUCACAAAACGAAAAAUCCCAUUUGCUGAAUAUCCCACGUACAAAAAGAUAAAGGAGAUUGGAAAAGCUCUGCUGGGGUGGAAGGAGCUGCCAACAGAAACCCCUUUGAUAUCAGCCUACUUGAAACUCUUCGGCCAAGAGCUGGCCUACAUCAACAUCAAUAAGGAAGUCCUACAACAGGUUGCGAAGGCUGUGAUAGAACCAGCUGACAGGAACACAGUGCUGAAGAAAAUUGCCAGCCAGUUCCGCAAUGGCAUUGCAGGGCAGUGGACACAGCCGCUGUGGCUGGGAGAGCUGCGGUACAUCGUUCCUACCUGCACGGGUCUGCCCCUGGAGUACGGGUCAUACACUACUGCUCUGGCCCGGGCAGCAGUCAGUGUUGAUGGAAAGAUAACUCCCUCUUUAACUGGAGAUUUUAAACCUUCACAGUUGCUUGAAUCCACUGUGCAGAUUCAGUCUGACAUAAACCCAAGCUUAUAUGUACAGACAUUUGCAACAAUGGGUGUCAACACAGAAUACUUCCAACACACUGUUGAAAUUCAAGGCAAAGUCCUGGCAAGAUUACCAGUGAAGUUUGAUGCCAAGAUAGACAUGAAACUGAAAAAUAUUAAGGUUGAAACAAAUCCAUGCCAUGAGGAAACUGAGAUAGUGGUUGGAAGACAUAAGGCUUUUGCUGUAUCAAGAAAUAUAGGAGAAUUAGGUGUUGAAAAGAGGACCUCAAUUCUCCCAGGAGAUGCUUCAUCAAGUAUUGUGGAAGAACCUUUCAAACCAUCAGAGACAGCUUCCAGUGAAGGUUUCACAAAGCAAGAGGCUGACAGCACGGCAAGGAAAAAUGCCUAUAGCUCUCAAGAGGAUCUUCAUCAUGUCAUAGGAAGAAAAACUCAUAAACAAGACAUUUGCAUCAAACUGCAUCAUCUUGGUUGUCAGCUCUGCUUUUCCAGAAGGUCCCGAGAUGCCAGUUUCCUAAAGAACACGUAUUUGCACAGAUUAAUUGGAGAACAUGAAGCUAAAAUAGUCUCAAUCCCAGUUGAAACAGAUGCUGAUAUCGACAAAAUUCAGCUGGAGAUUCAGGCAGGAUCCAGAGCAGCUUCCAAAAUAAUUCAUGAAGGAAACUCGGAGUUUGAGGAAGAGGAUGGGUCAUCUCCAUUUGAGGACAUUCAAGCUAAACUGAAGAAGAUUCUAGGCAUUGAGAAGGUGUUCAAGGUUGCAAAUAAAACACGACGCGAGAAGAAGCAACCAUCAAAGAAAGCAAACACUGUGCUAACAGAGCUUGGGACGGAGUCCAAUGCAAAACAUCCCUCCAGCUCAUCUUCUGCUUCCUCAACUGUCUCCUCUUCCUCAUCAUCUGCUGUUUCUCCUGAUCGAAAACAGGCCCUGGAUGACGAUGAGAAUGAGCAAGAAAAGCAAGGGGGAAAUAAAGAUGCAAGCAGCAACAGCAGAAGUAGCAAAAGCAGUAGCAGCAGUAGUGACAGCAGUAGCAAAAGCAGCAGUAGCAAAAGCAGCAGUAGCAAAAGCAGCAGUAGCAAAAGCAGCAGUAGCAAAAGCAGCAGUAGCAAAAGCAGCAGUAGCAAAAGCAGCAGUAGCAAAAGCAGUAGUAGCAGCAGUGGCAGAAGUAGCAGCAGUAGCAGAAGUAGCAAGAGCAGCAGUAGUAGCAGUGACAAAAGUAGCAGAAGCAGCAGCAGUAGUAGCAGUAGCAGCAGUAGCAGCAGCAGCAGUAGUAGCAGCAGGAAGUCAUCGAGUCACCAUAGCCAUGGGCAUCACUCAAAGUAUCUGAAUGGCAGCAGUAGCAGCAGCAGUAGCAGCAGCAGCAGCAGCAGUAAGUCACUGAGUCGCCAUAGCCAUGGACAUCAUUCAGGACAUCUGGAAGGUGGCAGCAGCAGCAGCAGCAGCACAUAUUCCAAAAUAUGGGAAGUUCAUGAGAUUUAUCAGUACCGCUUUAAAUCAGCACAUAGACAAGAGUUCCCAAAAACUGACCAACUUAGCAGCUCAUACUCCUCUGGCAGAUCCAGUCGUGCCUCAUCUCGAGUUGCUUCCCAGCCUAAGUUUUUGGGAGAUGUUAAAACACCAGUAUUAGCUGCUUUUCUUCAUGGCAUCCGUGACGAUAAGAAGACAGGAGGCCUCCAGCUCGUGGUAUAUGCUGAUGUUGACUCCAUCAAGCCCAGACUGCAGGUAUUUGUGUCCAACCUCACAGACUCAAGCAAAUGGAAGCUCUGUGCUGAUGCUUCAGUCCUCAAUGCUCACAAGGCAAUGGCUUACCUGAAAUGGGGACGGAACUGUCAGGACUACAAGAUUUCAACUGAGUUGGUAACUGGGCGGUUUGCUGCCCAUCCUGCUGUACAAGUCAAAUUGGAGUGGCCUAAAGUUCCUUCCAGUGUCAGAUCCAUAGCAGAAUGGUUUUACAAGUUCAUCCCUGGGGCUGCAUUUAUGCUGGGGUUCUCUGAAAAAGUGGACAAGAAUCCUUCUCGACAAGCCAGGGUGAUCGUGGCUCUAACUUCUCCCAGGACGUGUGAUGUUGUUAUCAAGCUUCCUGAUAUUACCCUCUAUGAAAAAGCCAUGAGGCUUCCCCUGUCACUUCCUGUAGGUCCAAGGAUACCAGCUUCAGAGCUGCAGCCUCCCAUCUGGAAUGUCUUUGCUGAAGCCCCCUCUGCAGUGCUUGAGCAUUUGAAAGCUCGCUGCUCGGUUUCCUACAACAAGAUCACAACCUUUAAUGAAGUUCAGUUUAACUAUACACUGCCAGCAAACUGCUACCACAUCUUGGCUCAGGAUUGCAGCUCUGACCUUAAGUUCCUGGUGAUGAUGAGGAAUGCUGACGAAGCUGUGAACCUGAAAGCAAUCAACAUCAAGCUUGGCAUUCAUGAAAUCGAUAUGCUUCCUGCAAAAGGCCAGGUGAAGCUGCUGGUAGAUGGGGUUGAAAGCCCCACAACGAAUGUUUCAUAUACAUCUGCUGGUGCUUCUCUGUGGAUCCACAGUGAAAAUCAAGGGCUUGUACUUCUUGCCCCAGCCUAUGGCAUUGAUAAACUGUACUUUGAUGGAUAUACAUUCAGGAUUCAAGUUGCUUUAUGGAUGGCAGGGAAAAUGUGUGGAAUAUGUGGAAAAUAUGAUGCAGAGUGUGAGCAGGAAUAUCGGAUGCCCAAUGGAUACCUAGCUAAAGAUGCAGUGAGCUUUGGGCAUUCUUGGAUUUUGGAAGGAAAGUCUUGCAGAGGAGCCUGCAAAUUGCAACAUUCGUUUGUGAAGCUGGAGAAGACAGUUCAGCUCACCGGGGUAGAGUCCAAGUGCUAUUCCACAGAGCCCGUGCUGCGCUGUGUGAAAGGAUGCUCUGCCACCAAGACUACUCCAGUCACUGUUGGUUUCCACUGUCUCCCUGCUGAUUCAGCUACCAGCCUGACAGACAAACAGACAAAGUUUGACCAGAAGUCAGAAGAUAUGCAAGACACUGUUGAUGCACACAUAGCAUGUUCUUGUGAGAACGAAGACUGCAGCACAUGA